UGGUCUGUAUAUAUUUUUUUCAUACAACACAUUUGUAUUCUCCAGAAAAAAUUUGUAUCUUUUGUUACUCUGUUUCUCUGUUGACAAAUGAGUAGACAUCCAACGGUGAAGUGGGCGCAAAGAUCUGAUAAGGUUUACAUAACCGUGGAAUUGCCGGAUGCUGAAGAUGUUAAGGUGAAGCUUGAGCCUCACGGCAAGUUCUUUUUCUCUGCUACGAGUGGACCUAGCAAGACACCGUACGAGGUGGACAUUGAUCUGUUUGAAAGUGUUGAUGUGAAUGAGAGCAAGGCGAGUGUAAGCUCGAGGUGUAUAUGUUACAUGGUGAAGAAAGCUGAGAGCAAAUGGUGGAACAGAUUGAUUAAGCAAGAAGGGAAAACUCCAGUGUACUUGAAAGUUGAUUGGGAUAAAUGGGUUGAUGAAGAUGAAGAUAAAGGAGGAGCUGAUGAUAUGGACUUUGGAGAUUUUGAUUUCAAUAGUCUCAACAUGGGAGACACUGAUGGCAUUGGAGAUGAAGAAGGUGAUAGUGAUAUGGAGGAAGAGACUACGGCAGAGUCAAAGGUAGCGGAGAAGAUUGAAGAAGAAGAAAAUGCAGAGAAAGAUAAAGAAGCUGCAUCAGAGGUGAAGAAGAAUUAAGUUUGAUCAUCUUAUGUUAAGAUUGUCCUACUGAUCUUGCACCUUUCUCUUUGAACUUUAUAUGGUAUAUGUGACUUUCAGAUAUUUUGAUGUAGUGGUGUGAAGGAUGAUGUGGGAGAUUGGAGAUUUGUAGUUUCUAUAUAUAUUUGUCAUAAACUAGUCUUAACAUAAAAUGUGAUUGCAAGUCGAGAGUAUAAACAUUAACGCUACAAAAGUAUAUAGUCAUGUUGUGUACUGAUAUGGUUUUAUAUUUGAAUAAUCUUCUAUA